UUGACGGAAGUAGAGAUUUCCAAAAAAGUUUAAAAGUUGAUGAAAUGUCGUUUUUUGUUUGAUAUACCGAAUGAAACUAUUAAACAGACAUGGCAAGCACAAGUAUUGAUCAUGACGGUGCCCCUGAAUAUGUAUUCAAGCUAAAGCAAGCCAAGAAUUUCAAACAGGAAGGGAAUGAAAAAUAUAAAUUAAAAAAUUAUAAAGGUGCUGUGGGGAAAUACCAUAGAGCCUUGUUAUAUACCAAAGGAAUAGAACAAAAAACAAAUAUGGGUCCCUUGGAGGGUAUUUUGAAACUUGAAGAAAGUGAACAAGCGAGAAAAUAUGAAGCUGUGCCAAAAGAUGUCAUGGAAGAAGUUGUCAAGUUAAAACUCGACUGUUACAAUAAUCUUGCAGCAUGCCUUCUUCAAGAGCAGGUCCCCAACUACCCUAAGAUUAUUGACUACUGUGUAGAUGUGGUUGAGAAGCAGCCAGAUAAUGUCAAGGCUAUGUUUAGACUUGGACUUGCCUACUAUGAGACUGGCGCCUUUGAUAGAGCCCUAUCUGUGUUGCGUCAGGCUAAACAUCAUCCUAAAGGUGAAAAAGAUCCCCAAGUAAAGAAAUACAUACAGCUCUGUGAAAAAAACUUAGUUCAACAGGAUUCUGAUCUCAAAGAUACAUAUAAGAAAAUGUUCAAAUAACACCACACACGCCAUCUUUUGAUCUGGAUCAAGCUUUUUAUCAUCAUUUGAAUUUGGAGCACCAGGAUCAUAAGUGUUGAUAUGGAUUCCAACAUUUUAGACCAGCUCAGCAUCAGCAUCAACUAGAGCAGCCUUAGCAUGGAUCCGCCUGAAGAUCCUAGAGUCGUCUCGAAACAAUAAAUGUGAAUCUUUCAAAUGAUGGAUCACUAGUUGGAAGGAAACAUCAAACUUGAAGAUUAGAUGACUUUUAUGAAAAAUGCUAAUAAGCUUCACAAUUUUUGUAUGGUUCAACAUUCCAGUUAUUUUUCAUUUUGGAAGUUUUUGCAUGAUUGAUUGCACAGUUGCAUUUGCCUUUUAAUGUUAUUUUUCCACAAUUCUUCUGAAUCUUGUAAAAAUUAGUAAUGUAGCAUAUAAUUUGUAUACUUUUUGAUGUAAUGCACAAUUUGCCAAAAUAUGAUGUGUGUUAGAGAUUUUUCUCUUAGUAACUUUUAUUUAUUUACAGUCUUUACUUGUCUAUAUAAUGAAACAUUAUUUUUAGGGCAAAUUAUUUUUAAUUUUGAAAGGAACCAAAAUACAAAAUCAAUGUACAUUGACAAACUUUUAAUUGCUUCUUGUAUUCUUGCGUGUACGAUAAGUAAGUGAAAUAUGCAAGUACAUGCACAUGUACACGGGUGUUAAGCCACGAUGAUACCAU